GCUGCUGAACGCUGACAUGGAUACAACUGCGCCUUUCCACUGAAACGGGACGCGUUCCAGCGUGAACUGUGACGCCGCGGGGACGCAAACGGCGACGGGAAAACUUUUCCUUUUCUCUCACGACUGGACUCAUGUAAACUCGCCAUGUCCAAGACUCUGAAGAAGAGGAAGAACCACUGGACCAACAAAGUCCACGAGAGUAUCCUUUGCAGGAAUGAGGAGGGGGAGCUGGGGCUGGAGCUGAAGGGCGGCGCGGAGCGCGGACAGUUCCCGGUCAUCGGCGAGCUCCUCCCGGGCAAAGCCGCAUGCCACAGCGGGAAACUCCUCCAGGAGGAUCUGCUGCUGGAAGUCAACGACACCCCGGUGGCCGGACUCACCACCAGGGAUGUCCACGCUGUGGUCAAACACAGCAAAGACCCCGUGCGGCUCAAGUGUGUCAAACAAGGAGGUGUGAUCGAUAAGGACCUCCGCCGGUACCUCAACCUGCGCUUCCAGAAAGGUUCAGUGGAUCACGAGCUGCAGCAGAUCAUCCGGGACAACCUGUACCUCCGAACCGUCCCCUGCACUACUCGGCAGCCCAAGGAGGGAGAAGUCCCAGGCGUGGAUUAUAAUUUUGUGACCAUCGACCAGUUUAUGGAAUUGGAGAAAAGCGGCGCUUUGCUGGAGAGUGGAACAUAUGAAGAAAACUUCUACGGCACCCCGAAGCCUCCAGCUGAGCCCAGCGCUCUGCUGCUAAAUGUAACAGACCAGCUGCUGCCGGGCGCCAGACCCAGCUCCGAGGGCAAGAGGAAGCGGAACAAGUCCGUCAGCAACAUGGAGAGAGCCGGCGUCGAGCCCCCCAAGGAGGAGGAGGAGGAGGAGGAGAAGCCCGUCGUCAACGGCAACGGCGUCGCCGUCACCCCAGAGUCAAGCGAGCACGAAGACAAGAGCACAGACGCUUCAGGGGACGUCGGACCUCAGAGUAACCCGGCAGAGGCCCCUGCAGAGGUACCCCAGGAGGACGGCCAGUCCCCGAAGACGGCGGUCCCCAAACCAGAGGAGAACGACGAGCUAGGACCGCUGCCUGACAACUGGGAGAUGGCUUACACCGAGAAAGGAGAAGUCUACUUCAUCGACCACAACACGAAGACGACGUCGUGGCUCGACCCGAGGCUCGCCAAGAAGGCAAAACCGCCGGAGGAAUGCAAAGAGGAUGAGCUUCCUUACGGCUGGGAGAAAAUCGAUGACCCCAUUUACGGCAGCUACUACGUCGAUCAUAUAAAUAGAAGAACCCAGUUUGAGAACCCGGUUCUGGAGGCGAAGAGAAGACUCCAGCAGCAGCAGCAGAUGCAAAGUCAGGGUCUGUCCUCACUGCCCCUUCCCGCUAUCUACAGAGAGAAGCCCCUGUUCACCCGAGACCCGACUCAGCUGAAAGGCAGCUUCCUGUCCACGGCGCUCCAAAAGAGCAACAUGGGUUUCGGCUUCACCAUCAUCGGUGGGGAUGAGCCCGAUGAGUUCCUCCAGGUCAAAAGCGUUAUUCCUGAUGGACCCGCCGCAGCCGAUGGCAAGAUGGCCACAGGGGACGUCAUCGUCUACAUUAACGACGUCUGCGUUCUGGGAACGACCCACGCUGAUGUGGUUAAACUCUUCCAGUCGGUUCCCAUCGGUCAGAGCGUGACGCUCGUGUUGUGUCGCGGCUACCCUUUACCGUAUGACCCAGAAGACGCCUCCAACACCAACAACUCCACCACCACCAUCAUCUCCCCUCUGGGCAUCAUGGAGCAGCGGCCCAUCAUGGUGAACGGCAGAACCGGCUACGAUAACUACCUGGACUACCUGACGCGUACGGCGCGCUUCAUCACAGACCCCAGUCAGGACCACGUCAACUGCCAGCAGCCGCCGCUUCUCACCGCUCACCCGGGCGACACCCACCUGGACGGCUCGCUCCCGGCCAACACCGGCACCACGCCACCCGACAGCGUCUCCAUGGCGUCGUCGGGGGCAACCCAAGGGGAGCUGCUGACGGUGACGAUGGUGAAGGGCGUGGACGGGUUCGGCUUCACGAUCGCAGACAGUCUGACGGGUCAGCGCGUCAAGCAAGUCCUGGAGCCUCAGGGCUGUCCGGGUCUGUGCGAAGGUGACCUGAUCCUGGAGAUAAACAAGCAGGCAGUGGCCGGAUUCACCCACACGCAGGUGGUGGAGCUGCUGAAGGAGUGUGCAGUGGGGGCAGAGGCCAGCCUGGUGGUGCAGAGAGGGGGCACGGGUCACUAUUCACCCUGGAAGACUCCAAAACAGGUGCUGGAGCAGUGGGAGUUCCAGCAGGGUCAGAACAGCCCCGCUCAGACCAGCCGCUCUGCUCCCAUUGUCUCCCACAGCGCCCCCUUCCCAACACACCAUCUUCACAUGGCCUCGGUCCCGGACUCAGCCUCCGAGGCCUUGGCACUGGUCAAACCUGACCCCUAUGACCUUUUUGAGAAGUCCAUGGCUAUCUAUGAGAGUAGGCAACCUGUUCAACCAAGGACCGUUUUUCCUCUGGACUCUACUGGAGCAGAGUACCAGGACAUCGAGGUCCACCUGCGCAGACAGAAGUCUGGGUUUGGCUUUCGGGUGCUGGGCGGUGAUGAGGCCGGGCAGCCUGUGAGUGUGGAGACACGUGAGAAGAUUCUUAUUGGAGCGAUCAUAGAGAAGAGUCCAGCAGAUCUAGACGGGCGAUUACGGCCGGGAGACGAGCUGCUGUUUGUGGAUGGGAUCCCAGUGGUGGGGAAGGCGCACAGAUACGUCAUCGACCUGAUGCACGCUGCGGGGCGCAACGGACAAGUCAACCUGGUCAUCAGGAGAAGGACGCAGGCAGGAGGUGAGUCGUGUCCAGAAAACAGCCGCAGUCCGGGCUCCGCCUCCACGCAGCACAGCUCGCCUCACAGCGACUACACGUACGCAAACAGCACCAGCCAGGCUGCCAACAGUGGCACGGGCAACGCCUCCGCUACGUCAGACGGGACGUCCGCCGCCAAUGCAAAGCCGAGCGACAUCACGAUCAGCAGGAAGGAAAGCGAAGGCUUCGGCUUUGUCAUCAUCAGCUCGCUCAACCGGUCCGAAAUGGCUGCAACCAACACUGUGCCCCAUAAAAUCGGCCGGAUCAUCGAGGGCAGCCCGGCUGACCGCAGCAGGAAGCUGAAGGUGGGAGACCGGAUCCUGGCAGUCAAUGGCCAGUCCAUCGUCAGCAUGCCACACGCCGACAUCGUCAAGCUGAUCAAGGAUGCCGGCCUGAGUGUGACUCUGAGGAUCAUCCCACAAGAAGAGCUCAGCAACCCUCCAUCAGCAACAGCCUCAGAGAAGCAGAGCCCCAUGGCUCAACAGCACAGCCCAAAGGCCCAGCCCAACACUGCAGCCUCCCAGUCCAACCCAGCGGCAGUAGAACCUCACCCCUCUGCUGCUCAGCCCAACCCAGCUCCCCAUCACAGCCCUGUGACCCAACUUCCUGUUCCUCCUCAGACCUACACCCACGACGGCAGUUACAGAUCUGAGGUGAAGGCCAGACAAGACGUUAAACCAGACAUCAGACAGCCUCCUUUCACGGAUUACCGGCAGCCACCGGUGGAUUACCGGCACCCUCCUGUGGCGGACUACAGGCAGCCGCCCACGCUGGACUACAGACAUCCACCACUGCUGGACUACAGGCCGUUUGCCAUCCCAGACUACAGGAUGCCUCCAGUUCAGCUUUCGCAGGACUUCGACUAUUUCACAGUGGAGUUGGAAAAAAGCAUGAAGGGCUUCGGUUUCAGCAUCCGAGGAGGGCGGGAGUACAAGAUGGACCUGUUUGUCCUACGGCUGGCGGAGGACGGACCGGCCAUCCGCAACGGGAGGAUGAGGGUCGGGGACCAAAUCAUUGAGAUCAAUGGGGAGAGCACCAGAGACAUGACCCACGCCAGGGCCAUCGAGCUCAUCAAGGUCGGGGGCAGACGGGUCCGUCUCCUCCUGAAGAGGGGGACGGGCCAGGUCCCAGAGUACGACAACGCCGUCCCAUGGGAUGGUCGCCCUUCAGCCUCCCCAAGCCUGUCGGAAGUAGGCCCUCCCACUGACAGCCUCUCCAUGCCAACGCCUUCAUCUCAUUUGGCCCCGGCCCUCGACCCUCCUCAUUUGCCUCCUCUAGACGCCUCCCGGGACGCCAGCAGGACGGAGCGUUCCAAGAGCCCCCAGAAAGCUGAGCUGCUGCUGAACAGAGACGCCAUGAGUCAGGGGAGGAGAAUCGCCAAAAGCGAUGGUGGCGGGUCCACCCAUAAGGGACACAGGCUGCAGCAGCACACUACUGACGGAGACGGGGACAAGGAGGGACAAGGCGGGGAGUCCAAACCUUUGAGGAGCACCAGAGGACGGUCCAAGGAGAGGACUCACUCUCCCGGCGGCUCUAAGAUCCCACACACUAACAGGAAUGGCAGGGAAAGCGCAGAGCGAAGGGGCAAGAGCACCAGCAGCGCCACCGGAGCGGGAAGGAAGGCCACGGUCUCGCCCGGUCCGUGGAAGAUCCCUGGAUCGGACAAGCUGCCCAGCACGCUGCGCGCAGGCGCGUCCACGCUCAGCAGAUAACAUUGCCGCCGCAGCAGCGUCCACGGUCGUCCGGACUGAACCACCACCUCCACAUCCUCCAACAGACAAACAAGAAACGGUGCGGGCUUAUCUGGACCACGACUUUUAAAACUUUUAUUUAUACUACUGUAUUUUAAAUUAUUCUGAAGCAUUAUGUUACACCCACCACCUUAAAAACUGGAAAGUCAUUCACUUUAAGAAGAAAGAGCAAUCAGUAGCAGAGCGAGAACUUUCUGAAACCUCUGAAAUCCCGAGCUGAGCUGGCCAGAAAGCAGGCUUGGAUUUUUUAUACAUAAAUAUAUUUACUGUUCAAAUUGUAGUCUAUUUUAUGAAGUAGGAUGUUGAAAGGUGACCUAUUAUACUUCUUUGAACCGGUUAGGAUAGAUUUAUGGCUUAUACAAAACAUAUUUAUUACAUUUUUUGCACAAAAUCAUUCUUAAAUAAUGAGAUUGUAUUAGUUCAGGAGUCAGUUCUCCUUUCAGAAUCAGCUGUGUUAGAGUCUCUGCCACUUUAAGUCCAAUCCAUGACCCCCACUCAGCAUUUACACUUGCACAUGAAAAUGGCUGCAAACAGAUGCACAAUUAUACCAAAGUAUGUCUUUGAAAAGCAGCAGCGGAGCCUCCUGCGCAACCAACAAGAAUGCAGAAAGUGGUUUUUGCAUGGUAAGUCAAACAAAACAUUUGUCUUUUCUAGCCAAGUAGGUUUGUCUGCAGACGAAGUAGGUGUUUCCAAAGGAAGGCGUUUCUCAAGAGGCACACUUGAUUGGACCAAAUUAACAUCAUUCAACUUUUUCUUCUUAAAAUAUUGCUUUAAUUUAUUUUAGUUUCAUGAGCUUGAUGUAACUUGGAGGUAUCUGAAUGCCUUAUAGUUGCACUUUAAGCACUUUUGACAAACUUAUUGUGUUAGCAAGUUUGAUAUUAGCGGCGUCUCCUUAACUUCUCCUCCCACCUCUCUUUCCAGAGAGCAUCCAGGUACAUUUCAAAACAAGAGCAUCAACAUAAAUCACAGGGUUUUAAUAACAGUAGCAAUUUUACUGAGAUUUUUAUCACUAGGAGGCACUAAAAGUUUAACAAAAUUAAUUUUGGUUACUGAAAUUAUGUGAAAACGGACAUAAAAUGUUAAAAGCACUGAAAAACUGUUACAGUAGCAUUGAGACAAAUAAAUUUUACCCUUAACUUUUUAUGUUCUUGUUGAACUUUUUAAAGCAACCACCAAGUGUGUUUUUUGUAAGUUUCUGAAAGAUUUCUGCUGCUGGAACUCUUUAGAAACUUUCAGUCUUUCAGCCUGAAAGCUUUCAGUCUGUCAAAGUCUCUUUUCCAGCAGCCAUUGUACAGCGCAUACAGCAGUAAAAUUAACUGACCAAACGUGCUGGAGCUCUGCUUGGGUUGCUAGGUGACGGGGUUACUAGGUGAAACGUCUCAUUUCCCAGACACUAAAAUACAUGAAUUUAUUGUCAAAAAAUUGCUUUUUUAAGCCUUUGGUCUUGUCUUCAGAAGCAGUAGAAACCCAAAUAGAAGUAGAAAGUUAAUAAAAAAUCCAAAGAAGUAUAAUAGGUCCCCUUUGUAAGAAGGUUUGUCUGCUUUCUGAGGAUUGAAUGAAUCAAAACGUGACAGCAGAGAUGAAAUCCACUCAUCAGCCAAGCUUUGCCUUAACAGAGACCGCUCUCAACUAAUCCAUCACAUGAUUAAAGAGAUACUAUAUAAAAAAUAUUAAACAGUUUGUAAAUAAGACCAUCUUCAUAGUGAAGAAUCUUAUAAGAAAACUGAUGAGAGUUCAAGCAAAGCGACUUGGGGUUUCCUCUGCGAUUGUCUGUUUCUAUUUUGUACGAUUGUCUCGUUUAUCCAUUUUUCUCGUCAUUCUUGUGCUUAAGGAGAAAAGAAAAACAAAACAGCAAUGUGUGACGACGGUGUCCGUUCAAACGCUGAGAGAUGAAUGAUGGUGACAGAGAAGCGUGCCUUGGACUGACUACGAGUCUGGCUGCUAUAAAAACACCAACUUCACAUAAAUUUAUUAGAAACUGUAUUUUUUAAAUGUGAUAUAUAAUGAAGUAUAUAAUUUAUUCCACAAGUAUAAUUAUGAACCCAUUAUUUGGGGUCUUUUGUUUGAGCAAAUGGUUCACUUUGGGUCAUCUCUGAUUUGCAAAUCAGGUCCAACACGAUUAUUUUCAAUUUUUAAAAAAACCACUUAGUCUUGUAAUCAAAUGUCAGCACUUUUUAACUCAAUUAGUAAGCCUGUUAGUGAAUUUACUACUAGGCAUUAGGGCCCUUGGUUUGUAUUGUAUGUUACUGAGGCUUUAUGAUUGUGUUCUGUUGUUGCACUGUGUGAUUUGAGGAGAGGAAUAUCUGUGCCAAAGCUCAUUUAAGCUGACUUUUUGUUUUAGGAGGAGUUUUUAAGCUAUCAGUUCUGGUCAGUUGUUUACAUUCCUAAUGGGCAUUAAUUGUAGUAAUAUUAGGAAUCCAUUAUUUUAAAUGUUCAACAUUCAUGGAUUCACCUUUUAUUUUAUUUUUUUUUCUGUGGAACGUAAACCUUAAAUUUACCUUUAAGUAUUUAUUUGUUGAUAAAUAUUCACACUUGAUAGUCUGGUAUACUCGGUUAGAUUUAGGACCAAAAUUGCAACAUUUGUUACAUUUUCAGCUGGUGCGGUUUGCUUUCACACCGCAUUGUUUCAAACAAAUCAGACCCUUUGAAACAAUUGUUCCCCUCCACACCUGUGGGGGCGCUGCACCAAGAACCAUCAAACGAAAUUACACAAAAAUCUCUGAAGAAGACUUUUUUUGGGGGGGGGGUCAGAUUUUAGCAUUUGUAGCCUUUCACUUUUGUCUUCGGUAGAAGAUUACAAGCAAUUUCUCUUGCUAGCGCUAGAUACGCAUGUUUGUUUUGGUUGUAUUUACCCAGAAUGCCCUGAUUUUGAAGCAGUUUCCAAUCCACUUGCACUCGAAAUGCACCGGAGUUCACUUCAAGCAAACCAAAGCCUAGGUUUUUAGGUUUUUGCUUUUUUUGAUCCACAUGAGUUUCUCAAUAAUUUCCCAUUAUGCAGAUAUUAAGUGUCCCUCACAGUGAUCUUAAACAGUCUUCAAUUUGAGUUGAUGAAACCUGCUCAAACCAAGUUUAUGCCCAUAAUGAGUGUAUGUCAAUUUUCACACUUGUCCGGUAGACUCUGUUAAAUUUGGGACCAAAAUUGCAACAUUUUUAAUUUUCAGCUGGUGCGGUUUGCUUUCACACUGUACUGUUUCAAAUAAACCAAAACCUUUGAAAAAACUGUUCCCCUCCUCACCUGUGGGGGCGCUGCACCAUGGAAAGGAAAUUACACAAAGCAAAAAACUUCAUUGCUUACAUUUCCAAAAAAAAAAAAAA